AUGACUAACAACGAAGCUGAGUAUGAGGCCGUGAUUGCAGGGCUAAAGUUAGCACUCAAGUACGGAGCGAAGCAGUCGUCCUACGGAACAAAAAGACUGCAAAAAUACCAGGGCGAGAUCUGCAAGCUAUUACCCGAGUUUGAUGAAUGCCAGCUCGACCGAAUCCCUCGAACACAAAAUAUCGAAGCAGACGUCCUUGCCAAACUGGCAGCGGCCACUGAAAGCAUAACCGAAGAAGGGUAUAUGGUCACUCUCCUCCACUCGUCGAUCUAUCAAAUCGAGGUACGAACUAUAAACCUAACUUGGGACUGGCGCAAUCGUAUUGUCACAUAUUUGCAGGACAGAGUGCUUCCAGACGAUAAAAAGGAAGCCAAGAAGCUUCGAAUGCAGGCAGACAGGUAG